AUGACCUUUGUUUCUGGUACUAAGAAACACAAAGACAAACGACCUAAAAUUGGUACUAAGAAUGAGAAAGGCAAAGGACCUGAGAAGGUAUAUGUUGAAGACUCAGACUCAAAUGAUGAAGUCUUUGACUUCAGUUUCUUGGAUUUUUCACAAGAAACUUGCAAACCACCAUCCAACUUAUGUAACGACCCGUUUCGUAACUUUUUGUGUGAUGAAAAUAUGUUAAAGAGGGGUAUAGACGGGCCGGGGGAUGAUAAUAAUCAACCUGGUGUAAAUAAGGUUGAGCAUGGCCACUUACCAGAGGUAAAUGAUAAAGAAAUUGGUGUAGAGUUUAGUUAG